GCCACCCUGUACGAGUCCACCUACCGAUGCAAUCACAAGGGCGGCUUUGUGGGUAAUCUCUUGCGCCUCUGCUACAGAUUCCUAAUGUACGCGGAACCCGGAGGAGGCGACAACUCCAACAUUCUCGUGUACACCGAACUGAGCGACCAGCGCGUCGCCGUCAAACUGCACGACCUAAACUGGUUCGCGUCUUCCGAUAACGACAGAUCCCAGGACUACGUGGUGUCUGAACUGAGUGUGGACGCUCUAUUCACCGAGUCUAGUCUGGAGGAGAAGGUGGCCGCGUCCACCUGGCCCUACGUUCCAGAAACAAAUAGGAAGGCCGACCACGCUUUCCGCCCAAACAAACUGCUGCGCUCCUGUGUCCGUACGGUAUUUAGAGAUAUAUUCGAGAAAUCGAGGGACGUGCGAUCGGCCGACAUUCGAAAUAUUGCGACCCCGGUUCGCCUAAUGAGCUUUUACGAGUUUGUGAUAGCGAGACUGGUACCCACCCUGACGAAAUACGGCGUCGACACGCACGCAAAAGUCAAUCGACACUUUUGGGCGACCGCCGUCGACGCGGUGAUCAGUGCUUACGCCUUGGGUGACCCCGAGAAACCGUCGCGCUACGACGAGUGGAUGCGUUACAGCCGGUUUUACGUGGCCUUUACAGGCACGUUCUGGGGAAUGGAUCCACGCGCGUGGUCGCGAGCAGAGUGGUUUGCCUUCGUCAGGAACCCGCACGGUGCAAUGUCCACCUACUAUGGCUUUUUGCGUCCAGACCGCGUGAUCGUCCAAGUGUUGGGUCCGACGCGAGUGGGUCUGUGUCCCGAAUCGCGCGAAGAGUUGAUGACCGCGGUCGACCAGAUACUUCCUCCGCGCUACGUGUAUUUCCUUAGACACCUCUUACCGGUCGACACACUCGGUCACAAUAUGGCGGCUGUCUUACGCGCAAAAGAUUACGACGCGUUCCAGGCCUCUUUGGACCGUCUCGACUGGCUCAAAGAAAAGUGUUUACAGGUGUACGUUCAAACGUUUUAUUACAAGAGUAGAAAUAUAGACAAGAAGGUCACUUUUUCAAAAUUGAAGUACUCCUUCCGGUCGUCGUCCGAUUACCCCGACUGGUUGAGCGUAAUCGAGUUUGAGGUGCCGCGAGCGGACGCCUUGAACGCUGCUCGCGUCGUCUGGACCGCCAUCGCGCGUCUACGCUCCGUCGUCGAGGUGGGACUCAGGUUCGAGAUGCUGCCGCACGUGGAGCCCUACCUGGGUCGCUUUGCCAGAAACUACUUUACGAGAGAAGAAGCCGAGCUCCUGUCCGGUAGCGAUUACACGAAUCUAAACUUGAGGGACGACGAGUUUAUGGAUUUCUUAUUUCACAGCAAGGGUAAGGUGACUUGUACGGAAGUGUUUUCCAACGAAGAAGAAGAAGGAGAGGAAGAAGAGAGACCACGACGCAAGCGUUCCGUGCUCUCCCCGGGGGAGGGUAGACCAAAGGGUAGUGCCGUCCUGACGGAAAGACUGGCUCAGGGACUGUUUGCGAUCGCGGUGGAAAUGUCUCGCGGAAACUCUGACGGUGUACAUAGCUUGGUCGAGACGUACGUGCCUUACAAGACCAAUAGUCUACGCCUGACGUACGACUCGCGCGACGACGAGUGGAGCUUGUCGAGAAGGAGCAAUGGCCGGUACUCCAAGCUCGAGUUUGAUUUUCACGUAGAGAGGGAAUCUGCCCUGAGGCCGGCCACGAUUCGCGACGUUAUUUGCGAAAUGGCCAUGGGAAACCUGGAAACCUUUUCCGCCUUUGCUCUGAAAUUGUUCGACGUUCACCUAGAAAAGGGCAACGACUCUAUCGCACCAAACCCAUGGAUCCUGGAAGCGCCGGCUCGGAUGGGGACGAACCCACUUCGCGAAUGCCAGACGGUUACCGCCAGAGAUUUGGUCGACAUGAACGUUUUCACUUCGGCCGAGGUGGCGGCGACCUAUCUCGGCUUUACCACGGAUUCGUGGGCUGCGAUUGCGCGGUCGAUCGACGAGAUUCCGAACCGCAAGAUUUUCGUGGCUCCCGGCAUCGAGCCUUAUGGCGUGCCUCUGGAAUACGUUCUCUUACGAAUCCGAAAGAGAUAAAAAAUCAUCACGUCAAAAAAAAUCGGCCCCUGAGAGCAGAUAAACGCCAAAAAUACGUCGUCCUGCUUUAUAAAUUCGCAUGUUGGAGAAGCACCGACGUGGACUUCGUGUAAAUGCAUUCACACUCCCCGAUGCCAAGUUUAACCUUCGUGUUGUUGUCGUUAGGGGGGACUUUUUGAAGAAAAAUUUUAAAUGCUGGAGAAGCGGCGGUGUGGAGUUCAUGUGGAUACAUUCACACUCCCCGAUGCCAAGUUUAACCUUCGUGUUGUUGUCGUUAGGGGGGACUUUUUGAAGAAAAAUUUUAAAUGCUGGAGAAGCGGCGGUGUGGAGUUCAUGUGGAUACAUUCACACUCCCCGAUGCCAAGUUUAACCUUCGUGUUGUUGUCGUUAGGGGGGACUUUUUGAAGAAAAAUUUUAAAUGCUGGAGAAGCGGCGGUGUGGAGUUCAUGUGGAUACAUUCACACUCCCCGAUGUCAAGUUUAACCUUCGUAUUGUUGUGAGAUGAACUGCCGAAUAAAAUAAUUUAUAUUGAGAAAAACAAAACACCACUCGUUCGUUGCUUUUAACCUUUGUUACUAAGAAAGUAGUUGCUUUAGACUUGUAUGGUAUAGAGAGACAGGAAAGGUGUUUGUCCUUUGUUUCUGAAAAUGUUUAACCGUAGUGUCGUUGCUAUGAGAUGGUAAGAAAAAGAAAAUUUGAAAAGUUGACGGGACAAUGGUUAGGAAAUUUUUUUUUUUGCUAUCAGAUGGUUAAGUGAAGAAAAUUUGAAACCUUGACAGGACAAUGGGUAGGGAAUAUUUUCGAUGAAAGGUUAAACGAAGUGACUCAUGUAAUGGAUUAUAUAAAGGAGUAGGUUUCCGUAGAAGUCACAUCAACAAGCCAGCGAAACCUCCGCUACACGCACUACUCUCUCUUCGCCUAGCCCAGACUCAACGACCACCGAAUACCCCAGGCCACUUCGGACCCGACUCGGCUCACCGACCACCAUCCCAGACUCACCGAAAACCGCCCCAGGCGCACCGACCACCACCUACCCCCAGGCCACUUCGGACCCGACUCGGCUCACCGCCCACCGCCCCAGGCGCACCGCUCACCGCCCCCAGACUCACCGCCCACCGCCCCUAGACUCACCGACCCAUCACCUACCCCCAGGCCACUUCGGACCCGACUCGGACCACCGCCUAAACCCAGCUUCCGAACAGCACCGUUGCAGCUCUUCUUGGCCUCGACCCAUCUCUGCUCACCAGAAGGACCACAUCUCUACCAUGGCGGCAACAAUUCUCAAAAAGGUUCAGGUCACGAGGAACUGGUGCCGCGCCUUCCCGGCAAGGGCCAGUUCUUUCGGGGACCUAUUUAAAGGAUAUAUUGAUUUGAAAAUUCAAUUGGCUUUAACUAUAAUUCAAAAAGUAUUCGAAUAUUUUCUUGAGUCGAAAAAUACUAUCGCAGAUGACGAUAAUUCGCGAUUCAAGACGGUCGUCGCAGUCUUUUCAGCAUGCGGCGACCCGAUUGAUCGUCGAAUUGUAGAAAUUAUUAACUUUCUUAAUUCGUUGCAUUUUCUGAACGUAUUCGAAAUUGCUCUAACGAAAAAUUAUUUGGUACUGUUUUUGAGAAUAGUGCCGUCAAGGAAGGUGGACUCGAGUGGACUAUCCCGUGUACUCGGCUUCGCCCACGAAGUCAUAUCCGACUACGUGGGCGAAGACGAAAAUGCAUGGGACGAGUCCCUGGACAUCGCGGCCCCUCCACCUCCAUCGGAUACCGCGAUGUUCCACGGCAUCUUCCAAGUAGAAGAUAUGGACCACCUGAUGGCGGAGAUGGGAACUCGCCUGGACCGGACCACAAAGUGGUCCGAGCUGCGAAGGGUCGUCGUUCGGAAUCGCGACAUUGCAAAAUAUUAUAUUGAUCCCAAAAACCGAGGAAUUUAUUAUUAAAUGAUGAUGAUUAACUUUAUUUUCAAAAAGGGUGGCGCCAUGGCCUAAAUAAACUUAUUAUCGUACGACAAGAAACACUUGUGUUUUUAUUCUUUCACGCCCCGUGGUGUGUACAUACACAUCUGUUUAAGGCGAUAAUAGAAAGCCAAUAUUGGGAGAGGGGGUAGUAUGGAAAUAAAUAUCUUUGUCCGUCGGUCCCUCUGGAACAACGGACACCAAAAAAAAAAGAAGGUCGAGUAUCGGAAAAUUAUCUUUUUCUAUGGUUCUAUUGGGAGACAGUCAAUUGUAUUAGGUCUUGGAUAUGUAUUAAACUUUAGUAUGAGCUUUUAUUUGUAAAAAAAAAAAUCUGGCCAACCACUUCCAUUCCAAUCCGCUUUUUGCGAGCUUAUGAGAUGCUCACAGGGGCUUCUCUGCUUUUUACGAAAAA